UCUCACUCAUCAUGAGGUGGACCGGUCGUCGCCUGGCAGCCGAGACGGUCAGACAGAUGCGAGGAGGCGGUCAUUUACUCCAGCAGAAGUGCCACAUAAUCAAAUAAAAGUAAGCUUUCCAUCAAUCACACAAGCAGUUUUUGGUCCGCUGGUCAUGGCUAAAGACCCGUUGGCAGAGGCUGGUCUUCAUUUUGAUGAACUCAACAAACUACGAAUACUUGAGCCUGACGUGAGCCAGAAAACCACAGAGCUCAAAGAGGAAUGUGAGGACUUUGUUGACAAGAUUGGCCAAUUUCAGAAAAUUGUUGGUGGACUUAUUGAACUUGUGGAUGAACUAGCAAAGGAAGCAGAAACCGAAAAAAUGAAGGCCAUAGGUGCAAGAAAUUUGUUGAAAUCGGUUGAAAAGCAACGUGAGGCCCAACAGCAACAGCUUCAGGCACUGAUCGCAGAAAAGAAAAUGCAGUUGGAAAGAUAUCGAAUAGAAUAUGAAGCUCUUCAAAAAGUGGAAGCAGAGCAGAAUGAAUUCAUUGACCAGUUUAUACUGCAAAAAUGAGAGUGCCGUUUGUUUUCAAGAUUCCACUGUUUCUGCUAUAACAUCCUGUCUAUUGGACAAGAUAAGUGAUGCUAUGCAUCUGUCUAACAAUGACUUCCUAAUAAGUGCUGGGCCCCAAGUUAUAGGUUAAUUGAGUUGACCAGUCAAUAGGUAACGACCUUUGACUCUCUCUAUUGUUUUAACAUUGAGUGCUGUUGCAUGGCCAGUUCCAGGGAAAACACACUUCCCACAAUAGAUCAUAAUCUCAAAUGAAUACUAUUUAUAUACAAAUGAAGUUAUUUAUACUAUUUAUAUGGAAAAUUACUUUGUAAAUUUAAUAUUUUUUACAACAGGAAAAUACAGUAUUUGCAUGUUACUGUAAAUAAUUCCAUCAC